UCUUAUGGAAAAAGUCUGCUUACCCAGUAGACAUAAGUUGACAAAAUUCUAUUAAUACUAUAGAUAAUUAUUAUAUAAAAAAAAUAUUAAAUGUAAUUGCCUAAUUAGAUAAUGGUAAUGUAGUUUUUAGGUAAAAACGUGGAAAUAUUAUAUUGCAAAUAAUAUAACUGCACAAACUUAAUCAUUUCAUUAACCAUGUUAAUGUUAAUACUCCCCGCACUGGUAGCGUUAAUUUUUUCAUAUAUUUCCUGGAAACAUUCCUACUGGAGUCGAAAGGGCGUAGAUUCGAUAGAACCAGAUUUCUUUUUCGGCAACACUACUGCCGUAAUCAAACGAAAAGAACACAGAAGCGUAGUUUUCGAAAAAUUUUACAAAUACUUCAAAUCAAGAGGCCAAAAAUUUGGUGGCAUUUACGAUUUAAUCUCGCCAGUGGUUGUCGUAACGGAUCUCGAAUUAAUCAAAUGCGUCCUUCAAAAGGAUUUUUCACAUUUCAUGAACCAUUUUGGUUAUAUCAAUGAAGAAGCUGAUCCUGUUUCUGGAAGUUUGUUUAACUUGAAAGGUGGCAAAUGGAAGAAUAUCAGAGCUAAAUUGACGCCUACAUUUACAACGGGAAAAAUGAAAAUGAUGUUUCAAACUAUAGCCGAAUACGCUACAAACUUACAAGAACUACUAGAGGAAAACAAUACCCCAAACAACCCUGUAGAUAUUAAAAAAUACGUCUCGAUGUAUAACAUCGACAUAAUAACUAGUUGUGCAUUUGGCAUAGAAGUCAAUAGCAUGAAAGAUCCAGACACAGAAUUUCUAAAAUAUUUUGAAAAACUGAUGGAACCAUCACUCACGCUAAUAAUUAGAAGAUUUAUAUCCGUCACUUUACCGCAAUGGCUAUUAGUAAAAUUAAAAUUCAGGGUAACCUACAAAAAUAUCGAACAAUUUUUCUUGAAAACAGUCAAAGAAAUCGUGGAGUACAGAGAAAAGAACAACGUAUAUCGCAAAGAUUUUAUGCAUUUGUUAAUUCAAAUUAAAAACAUGGGAGAAACCACAGAUACUGGAAAUUUGAAUUCAGAAAGUACCAUCAAGCAUUUGUCAAUUAAUGAAAUAGCAGCUCAAGCUAUAACUUUUUACGUAGCUGGUUAUGAAACGUCUUCUUCUACAAUGGCGUUCGGUUUAAUGGAAUUAGCCCUAAAUAUUGUGUGUCAAGAGAGACUUAGAGAAGAGAUUUUGUCGGUCGUUAGAAAAUAUAAUAACAAAAUAACUUACGAUGGUAUCAUGGAGAUGGAAUAUUUGGAUAUGGUCGUUCAAGAAACUAUGCGAUUAUAUCCCAUAGCGUCAGGUGUUUCAAGGGUUUGCAACAAACCGUAUCCAGUUCCCGAAAGCAAUGUCGUCAUUGAAACAGGAACAGAGGUAAUGAUUCCUCUUCGAGGUCUUCACAGAGAUCCAGAAUUUUUUCCGGAUCCAGACAAAUUUGAUCCUGAACGAUUCAAUCAAGAGAAUAAAAGUAGAAUACGACCUUAUACUUAUAUGCCCUUUGGAGAAGGUCCAAGAGCAUGUAUAGGAUUAAGAUUUGGUAAACUACAGGUAAAAGUUGGAAUUUGUGCAGUUAUUUUGAAGUACAAGCUAGCUAUAAACAAAAAGACUCAGUUUCCAUUAAAGCUGUCAACGUCGAUCAUUGCUGGUGCUGUAGGUGGUAUAUGGCUUGAUUUGGAAAAAAUAUCAGAUUUAGAUUUGUAAAUAAAUAAUCGUUCUAAAAACACAGUUUUUUUAAUAAAUAAGAUCCUGUAUAAUUUUAUUUACAAUAAUUAAAAAUUGUCGAACAUUAAAAAAUGUAGGUACUAAUAAUAAUUUAACUAGAAGCAGAGAUGUGCAUGAAUAUGGAUGGUUACACCUGUCAACUUUAAAACCACAGAUAGAGACCGUGCGUCAUGACUUUAACGCCAACUAAUG